UUUUCCAAUUGCCUUCGCCAUUAGCAAGCAGCAGCAUGCAGAAGGACAAUCAGCUCGACAAGCUCGACCUUGAAGAGCGAGUCUCAUACAUUCAAAGCAACACGCCGGCAGGCAAGGACGCCGGCGGCGACUAUGACGAGGUCAAGACGCCCGGCGAGCUCGAAGACGGCGCGCUCGUCGACGGUGGUGCGCUCAACCUCUACUCGCGCGAGGCGUUUGCGCUCUUUGCCCAGUACGGUGCGAUCGGUAUCAUCUACGGCAUGAUCCCGUCGCUCGCGUACCCGAUCUUCAACAACUACCUCAACAUGGAGGGGUACCAAGUCGCGUCCUACGGCGUCCUCGUGACCACGGGCUGGUCGUUCAAGGUCUUCUUUGGCAUGCUCUCGGACUGCGUCCCGAUCUUUGGCUACCGCCGCAAGUCGUGGAUGAUCAUCGGCUGGACCAUCACGAUGGUGUGCCUUGCCAUCAUGUCGGUUGUGUCGCUCGGCGAUCCGUACUGCGACGCGCGCCAGAUCGACUGCGCGGAAGUCUCGCUCGAGGCGGCGACGCCGGACCAGCGCAAGUGGUUCAACGAAGACGCGCCGGGCAAGGGCUCGCUCUUCAUCAUCCUCUCGAUGCUCGUCUCGGUCGGCUACGUCGUCGCCGACUGCGCCGCCGACGCCAUGGUCGUCGAGUACGCCCAGCGCGAGCCGCUUGCGAUCCGCGGCCGCAUCCAAACCGCGAUCUACACGGUGCGCACGCUCACGGGCAUCCUCGCGCAGGUCGUCGUCGCCUUCUUCCUCAACGGCAAAGAGUACGGUGGCACCUUCGACUGGGCCGUCGGCCCCAACAUCCCGUACGCCAUCUGCCUCGUGCCGUGCGUCCUCGUCGUCCUCUCGACCAUUUUCAUCCAAGUGGAACCCAAGACGCGCAAGAUGCCCUUUGGCGAGUGGAUCUCUCAGUUCUGGGAGCUCCUCCAGAAGCGCGUCAUGUGGCAGAUCUGCGCGUACCGCUUCAUUGCCAACACGUUCCAAGCCAUCUCUGCGACGCCGGCGUCGCCCAUCGCGAUGAAGUGGGCCAAGGUCGAGCCGCUUAACGACUCGCUCUCGGGUGUCGUGGGCAGCUUGAUUUUCUCCGGUAUCCUCAUCAUUGUCGGCAAGCACGGUCUCAACUGGAACUGGCGCUACACGAUCGCGGCCGGUACCCUCGGUGUCAUCGCCGUCGACUCGUUCGUGACGUUCAUGACGAUCUGGGACGUGCUCCGCAACCAGUGGUUCUACACGGGUGUCGCGCUCGCCGACAACGUGCCGGGUGGUAUCCGCUUCAUCAUCUCGACGUACUGCGCGGUUGAGAUCGCCGAUGUCGGCAACGAGGGCGCGACGUACGGCCUGGUGACGACGAUCAACAACCUCGCGUCGCCGUUCGCGUCCGUCAUCUACAAGUACAUUGACUCGUACUUUGAUGUGUCGCAGAAGGACAUCAUGAAGGACACGGACCACGUGCGCUGGGAAGUGUCGUAUUGCUUCUUCAUCUCGUACGGCUGCAAGAUCUUCUCGCUGUUCUGGCUCUUCAUGCUGCCGCCCCAGAAGGCGCAGAUGCAGGAGCUCAAGAAGCGCGGUGGCAAGAGCCAGCUCGCGGGUGCCCUCUUGAUCAUUCUCUUCUUUGGUGCGAUCAGCUUCUCGCUCACGAGCAACAUCAUGGCCAUCUUCCCGUCGACCAAGUGCUACCGCAUUGCCGGCGGCAAGGGUACGGUCAACGGCGUGUGCCCCAAGUAA